AUGUCAAACCUUCCAACGCUAGUCUUCAUACCAGGCUCCUGGCAUAAACCGACAUGCUACGACAAGGUCAUCAAGCUCCUCCAAGAAGAGCACAAAUUGAAAUGCGUCUCAAUAACCCUCCCUUCGACAUCUGGGGACCCUCAAGCAACCUUCAAAGAUGAUCUAGACGUUGCUCGUGCAGCUAUCUCAAGCGAGACGACUCAAGGGCGCAAUGUGAUUGUCGUUGCGCACUCGUACGGCGGCAUGGUUGGGAAUAGCGCUAUCAAGGGAUUUGCCACUAAAAGCCACCUACAGACGGAGGCCUCAACAACUACAACGACUACAGGAGGAAAUGUGAUCGGGCUCAUCUUAAUAGCCUCUGGCUUCACUCUGACUGGGCUCGCAUUCAUGGAUCCCUUUUUUGGCCAUCCACCCCCUGCCUGGCGUGUGAACAAUGACACCGGCUACGCCGAACUCGUCACCCCUCCACGCGAGUUUUUCUAUCAUGACUUACCAGCCGACGAGGCAGAAUACUGGGUCUCCCAACUCACAACCCAGAGUCUCAAGGCUCUAUUCGAAGGCGGCGAAUAUACGUACGCUGGAUGGCGGGAUGUGCCGACUUGGUAUAUCGGUACGGCCGAAGAUCGCGGACUGCCUGUGUUGGCACAGCGGAUGCAGAUUGGUAUGGCUAGGGAAAUGGGGGGAAGCGUGGAGUAUAGGGAGUUGCGGACGAGUCAUUCGCCGUUUUUAAGUCAGCCGGAGGCGACGGUGGGGAUUGUGUUGGAUGCUAUCACAGCGUUUACAAGGGGUUCCCGUGCCGGUGACGAGUCUGUCAUCAGUGAGCGCAGCAAUGUGGUGAGAGUAAGGCCAGGGAUCAACAUUUGGCAGCCAUCAACGUGGUUGAGGUUUGGAAUCCCGCUGGCCGUUGGCCAUGUCAUUGGACGAUGUAUUCUCUUGUUUGGCACUGGGAGGUGGCUGUGGAAGUCCAGGUUCGGGUUACGUAGCGUUUGA